AUGGUAGCGGAAGCUAAACACUGCUUGAAGACUUGGACUUGCAACACUACAGAUAUCUGUUGGGAUGACUGCAAGAGCCGCUACGGUGGGAAAGGACUUUGUGACCUUAUCCCUACUCCUUUUGUUCCUAAACAGUGCCUUUGCUCUUAUGAAUGUUGA